CGUAGCUUGGACAGAACGUAAUCCCAAACAAGCGGAGCUAACUGAGAGACACCUAUACUAUAGCUGCACAAGUAAACGCCUUACAUUUGCUAAGCUUUUGAGAAGAAUUCAAGAAAACGACCCACAAAGAGCUCUUGAUAAUCGUGUCAGGCCAAAGCACGCCACAAUAACAACGCGCACUGUGGCGUGCAGGAAGGUUAUUCAACUCAACAGAUUUCCCCAGUUUUCUGCCUGAUCUAUUCACAAUGAGCAAUUUGCGCAUUUGCAAAGCCAUGUCGCUGCAUCCCAGUGCAAACCUCUCGAAUCAUGAAGCGAAACAGCAUUUCAUCAAUAUCAGCUCUAGGAUAUGCCUAAUGCAAGGCUGCAUGGCCAGCCCUGCGGAGCUGCGUCGCUUUCCAGUGCACGACAUAAAUCGCUGCAACUAUUGGCUACGCCAUUUCGGAGUAAGCGACCAACUGGUGCAGGAACUUGGCGGUCUGAAAAAGCUGCGCAUCUGCUUGAGGCACUUUAGCCAGGGCGAGGCAAUGGCCAAGACGCGCAUCAAGACGACGCCGUUGCGUUUAAACAAGCCAAACAAAAUAACAACAACAGCAGCAACAACAACAACUACAACAGUAGCAACAUCUGCCAAACCGAUGGCAGAUAGCACAACAAUUGAGCUGGUCGAUAGCUCCAGUGGGAAUUCACUAAAGCAGCCAAUGCAGGAGAAGUCGGUGACCACAAUAACACCUGUGCCGCAACGCUCUCACUCGAUAUGCUCCUCCUCGUCCGUUUCGAGUGAUGUGCACUCCAUCAGCUCUGACUACGAGGCCAGCAUGCCGCUGUCCGCUCUGGUGGAUGCACAUGCUCACAAUGGCAACGGGCUGGCGAAGAAGCGCAAACUCUACUUGAUAACUGAAAAGUCGGACGAGAAGAAUGGCAACACGUUGCCCAAUGGGCAGAAGCGAAAAAUGUUUGUGGUCGUGGAGCAGGAGAAGGACACGGCUGCCAAGAAGUUGAUGAUUGUCACAGAUAAGCCACAGGCAAAUCUCACACAGCAUUUGGAAAAGUUUCUGCCCGAGAUACUCAGCUGCAUACAAGGCAAGGAGCAGGCCCAGGCGAAGGUCAAGCUGCCAACGAUCAAGCAUCAGGCGGCGGUCAAGCAGGAGCCGCUGGCAACGAAACCAGCUCCACUUCUGCAUAAGCCGCACAUAACGCUGCCGCCCAAGAAAAAUCCCACAAACUUUGUCAAACUGGAAGGAUCACCUGGCAUUAGUUUACCUACCAGUGUCUCCAUUAUGCCUAUGGAGCCGAUCAAGGAGCCGCCCCCCUUACCAGAGACUGAGACCAACAUCAAUCUCUCACCCGACUUUCGGUUUCUCAUGAAGAUUCUGCCCAAGCUGGAACAGUUGCCCGAGCCACACAAGCAGCACGUCAAGCGCUCCAUACAGAUCUUCGUCGAGGAGAGCUACAGCCACUAUGGCAAGAAGGAGUAGCCACAACUAGUUAUAGAGUUUAUCAUUUAGUAUUUCCGUUAAGGUUCCACUGAGGACAAUUUUAUAAGAAACCCCUUUAAUACAUGUGUUGUUUAAGACUGAUGCAAAGCGUAACAUAUAUAUGCAUAUAUAUAUUUUGUAAGUACUGCAGUGCAGGUGCAGCCCCUAAAGUUAGUGUUAAGCAAAUUUUGUAGCGCCCAACGUACAAGAGACUUGGGCAUACCUUUAUAUAUGUAGCCAUAAACUUGAAUUAUAACAAAACUAGUUUAAGCACUGAAUACAAGAGAGCUUUUAAGCCAAGAACUGAA